AUGUCGUCCCCUGCAGCUAUGAUUAUGCGGGGGCCCUUGUUGGGUUCUCUGAUUGGUGCGAUGCUGUAUGGUAUGACCUGCUAUCAAACGUUUUUUUAUCUUCGAAAUUAUCCAAAGGAUAGACUCACAAUAAAAGUCAUGGUGUAUAUCAUAUGGUUUCUGGAAACUAAUUUCUCAAAUGUGGAAUCAUUGUAUACCAUCCAUCGACGAUUUGCAGUAACAUUCAUGACCGGCAUGCUUCUUAAUUAUGUGAAUAACUUAUACUACAUCUGGCGAAUAUGGAAGCGUUAUUUUUGCCUCUGUUCGCUUUGGGCGAUCUGGGCUUCCUCAAUUUGGCAGGAUGCGCCGACUUAUCCAUCGUUUGUUUGUGUAUACUAUAGGGGCUGGUGGACUUACCUCUCCCACUUGGCUGGGGGUGGUGCUAAUUCAAACAAGGCGUACGAUUCUAGUUCUACCACUAUUUCAAUCAGGCUUACAUCUGCCUUGUCGACAGUCUACGCAAACUCAGUACUUGCGUCCUCUAGCACUGCGGUCAUUACCGACUUAAGGUUCCGUGGACACACGACAUUUACUCAGUACGACGGUAGAGAAUACGAGACUUUAUAG